AUGAGCCCCAGGGAUCCCCCUAUCUCUGUGACAGUGAGAUUCCAUGGGGGCCCGUCCAUGAAGGAGAGGUGGGUGUGCUGGGGUGCCUUCGACCUGUAUUGGCAGUGUCUGGAUGAGCACGUGGAGGACACAGGGUGGUGCGGGCAGCUGCGGAGCUUGUUCGAGGUGAGCUGUCCCCAGCAGUGGAUAAAAUAUUUCGAUAAAAGAAGAGACUAUUUAAAAUUCAAGGAAAGGUUUGAAGCAGGACAGUUUCAGCCUUCAAAAUCAACUGAAAACUCCUAGGCUCUUCCUAAACUUCUUACAGAGGCUGAAUGUAUUCUUCUGGACUUUCGAAAGUGCAUUGAUGAUUCUGGGACAACAGCAGUUUGAAUUA